AUGGCUCCAACGUUACAACAGUGCCCCGUCUGCUUUAACCAUUAUAGAAGCACUCCAGACAGGAAGUUAUGUCGGCACGGAGGUGAAGUGAAAGGACAGGAAUGCUCGGGGUCCCGGAAAAAAGUUGAUCCAUCGGGCGCGAGUGCUGCUUCGCCUCUCGGUGCCGCACCCGACCCCAAGCCUGGGUUGCCCACACGGUCGUCGGCCGCAUCGGUCUCCGGUGAUCCUUUCGGCCUGGAUUACUCUGGUGUUUUUGACAAGCUGACGGCCGUGCUGAAAUGUGUACCGCUGUACGACCAUAUCCCUAAGCCAUGCAGGGAGAAGUUCGCACAUGAUCUGAACACCUUGCUGACGGCUGUUUGUAAUGACCCUGGUGACCCGGCUCACUGGGUUAGACUCCACUGUUUUGUCCCAUACGUCUUACAGAAGACUACCAAAGGGGGUCGCCGGGUCAACCAGGGCAAUCUGGUCAACAAGCGUCUAAACGAAUAUUCAACUAUUGGUCUUGAAACCCUGGUACUGUGCUUUGAUGGGUUCAAUAAUGCCAAAUCACAAAAGCACAACCCCGAUCGGUGGAUCAACGCUGUGUCAUCUUGUAUUGAACAGGGAAACCUGUCCUCGGCUGUCAGACUUGUCUGUUCGCCGGAGGGCCUGGCGGAGAGCUCGCCGGCCACCUUCGAUAAAUUAUGUUCCAUCCACCCAAAAAUUCCGGUGGACAGGCGGGUCUUUCCCGCAUUGACACCAACGGCUGGUUGCGUUUAUCCCGCCGAAGUGCUGAGGGCCGUUAAAUCGUUCAAAAACGGUUCUUCUGGAGGCCUGGAUGGCCUACGACCCCAGCACCUUAAGGAUCUCUCUGAGCUUAAAUUCGCCCUGGGUCGUGUUUCCUGUCUUUCGGCCUAUGAUGCCUUGACUAUUAUCCGCAAUGCCCUCAGUUUGCCCAAAUUGAUGUACUUCCUGCGUACAUCUAAACACAUUGACCCUUCUAAAUUGGGCGAAUUUGACGGAGCCCUGCGCACCGCCCUGUCGUCGAUUUGCAAUGAACCAUCCGGCAUUUUUGCGCAUGAUGGUAGGCGCCCGGACGGAUGCACGCUAAUACCUUGGAGAGCCGGCAGAUGUUUGGCGUGGGAUGUUACGGUCCCUGGCACCCUCGCCGAACGAUACGUAAACCUGACAAGUAAAGAAUGCGGUUUGGCCGUGGCCAGGGCAGCGGACGAGAAAAUGAAAAAUUAUGGGAACGCCCUCCCCUCGAUGGAAUUCUUGCCAAUAUGCAUCGAGGUUCUUGGCCCGAUGGACCCCAACACCCUUAAAUUUCUUAAGGAAAAAUGCAAAAUGAUCAGCGUCAGAUCAGGCAACAGCAGGGAACUGUUUUUCGCAACUAACCACAUUUCUUGCUUGUUGCAGCGCCAAUUUUCCUGGAUUAAGAGAGACUAUUUCACUACCCUAUCAGAAAGAGAAAAAGAUAGAGAGAAUGAGAAAGAAAGAGAAAGAAGGAGAGAGACAAGGAAAAAGAAAGAGAAGGAGAGAAAGAGGGAGACUGUUAAAUGUGAAGGUAGUAUGAAGAAAAUGAACGAUGGAGAUGCUCUGAAACAGGCAAUCACAUUGUUGCAAAUGUGGUCUUAUAAGGGCAACUGCAAACUCAAAAUAAGAUUUGCUUUUCGAAAUGUGGAUGCAGAAAUAAAUUAG